AUGAUUGGUAUUGCUGCAAUGCAUCUUGACAAUGAAGGCAAAUUUAUGCGGACAUCACAUGCUGAAAAUCCUGAGAGCCUUUGGAAUAAUCCUCAGCUGUAUCCGAAAAUGUUUCCAUGGCUUUUCCCUUUUGGACUUGGUGGUAUUGGUGCCUCAGACAUUAAAGCUUUCUCUGAGUCUUCACAUCUCAAAUUUUUACUUUUAUACCAUGACAAACGAUUUCAACUUGACUCUAAUUUUCCAUUAAUUGCUUUUAGUCACCAGCAAAUCAAGGCCAACAGUUCACAAUCUUACCUUCUUGCAGAGUCUAAAAAAUUCAGUGAAAUUAGUGACCGGUUUCUGUCAGUGGAUAGAUCCAUUUUGCAAAAUAUUGCAACCCGUAUGGCUAAUGGAGAACAUGUCAAGCCUGCCAAUGAGUCUGAAAUACAAUGCUUUAAGUUACUGGGUGAUUUAACACAUGCUGGUGCCAGGACCCAAGGAUCAAUUAGUUCUAAAAAAACCAUGCAAUCUGAGAUUUGGUCUUUGAUUAAUCACAUUGGAGGCCCUAGCUGGUAUAUAACAGUAUCUCCUUGUGAUUUCAAGCAUCCUAUCUGUAUCUACUAUGCAGACACAAAGGAAAAGUUUGAUGUUCCUCUUAGAACUUCAUCUGAAUGUAGACUUUUAAUUAGCAACAAUCCAGUUGCUGGUGCAUGA